UGAUGUGAAUCAGUUUGUUGUUUGCGGCAGACAAGAGCGCACGAAGGCAUCGUCACAUUCGGUAUUCCACGUUUCGCACUUGACCCAGUAACGGUGACGUAGACAACGACGAAGACAAGCGCGAAGAGAAAGAUCGACAAGGAGACAGACAUUCAAUUGCUGUGACGUAGGCAUCGGACAAUACGAGUGCCGAGAAGGGACUGACAAGAAUCAGACGCAGAAGAAGAAGGAAAAGGAGACGGAGACAGAGACAGAGUAACUGUGACGUAGACAGCAGUGAGGACGCGUGUAGAGUUCAACAUAUAUAGAGUGAAGUGCAUAAAGUUCAAUUGUGUUGAGAUCUGAAUCAAAGUGGACAGUUGAACGUUGAUCUUUAGGUUUGUCAAGCCAUAUCUAGUCAGUGGUUUGAUUGCCAUAGCUAUAAACCGUUCUGUCGGUCACGUGCUUCGUUGUGUAUACUUUAAACAGCUGAUUAUAAAUAAGCAAAAAGCGAAACGAAAAAACAGCGGGGAUUGUUGACAAACUUGAAAUAUAUUGUGUAUAGAACCAGUUUUCAUUGUCAAUAUCUAAACGUGUCUGCAAAAUGAGUAAAAUGCCAGAGACCACAUUUGCCGACCUGAGCUUGGCCGAUAAGACAGCAGUGAAGAAAUCAAGCAUUGAAGCCCGUCGAUUUUCCGACGUAUCCACAUGCUCCUUUAGUUCGGCUUGCUUCACAGGCAGUUCCGAUGAGGACGAGAUUUCGCCAAAAGAUAUUAAGCAGAGCAACUCAACUGGCAGCUCUGACUUUUGCGUUAAGAAUAUUGCCAAGGCAUCAUUUGGGCGCAGGGAGAUCGAAAUCGCCGAGCAGGAGAUGCCGGGAAUUAUGACACUACGCAAACGUGCCGCCGAGGACAAACCGUUGAAAAAUUCAAAAAUUGUGGGUUGCACCCACAUCAAUGCGCAAACGGCGGUGCUAAUUGAAACUCUGAUUGAACUGGGUGCGUCCGUUCGCUGGGCAGCCUGCAACAUCUUUUCGACCCAAAAUGCAGUUGCAGCGGCGUUAGCGGAGAAGGGUGUACCGAUCUUCGCGUGGCGUGGCGAGACCGAAGAAGACUUUUGGUGGUGCCUGGACAGGUGCAUCUACAAAGAGGGUUGGCAACCGAAUAUGAUCCUCGACGAUGGUGGCGAUGCUACCCAUCUGAUGCUUAAGAAAUACCCGGACUAUUUUAAAUCCAUCAAGGGCAUUGUCGAGGAGAGUUUGACAGGGGUGCACAGGUUGUACCAGAUGUCGAAGGCAGGCAAGCUUACAGUGCCCGCAAUCAAUGUCAAUGACUCGGUAACGAAAAACAAGUUUGAUACAUAUUAUACAUGUCGUGACUCUAUACUGGACAGUUUGAAGCGAACGACAGACAUCAUGUUUGGUGGAAAGCAGAUUGUGGUUUGCGGCUACGGGGAUGUUGGCAAAGGUUGCGCAGAAGCCCUUCGGGGUCAGGGCUGUAUAGUUUAUGUAACAGAGGUCGAUCCGAUAUGUGCCCUGCAAGCGGCAAUGAACGGAUAUCGAGUAGUGCGCUUGGGAGAGGUCAUACGGACGGUAGAUGUGGUAAUAACCGCAACCGGUAAUAAGAAUGUUGUUACACGUGAUCAUAUGAAUCGCAUGAAGAACGGUGCCAUCCUCUGCAACAUGGGUCAUUCGUGCUCUGAAAUAGAUGUGAGCAGCCUGCAUACACCUGAGUUGACUUGGCAGCGAGUACGCUCACAGGUGGAUCAUAUUAUUUGGCCUGACGGCAAAAUGAUAAUUCUUCUGGCUGAAGGACGAUUGGUAAAUCUGUCUUGCUCCACCAUCUCAUCGUUUGUCGUCUCGGUGGCCUCCUCUACACAGGCAUUAGCUCUCAUUGAGCUUUAUUCAUCGCCGGGACGUUACAAAUCGGAUGUAUACCUACUGCCAAAGAAAAUGGACGAAUAUGUGGCUAGUCUACAUCUAUCGACUUUUGAUGCUCAUCUGACAGAGUUAACCGAUGCGCAGUCGAAAUUUCUGGGCUUAAGCAAAGCAGGACCCUUUAAAGCGAACUAUUACAGAUACUGAUCAAGUGUUGACCUUCCGCUUGUUUAAUCGGAUAAAAUAUGUGAAUGUUUGAGUUUUUCAUAUUUCAAGUUGAAUACACGUUUUUAUUUCGUUUGCUGGAUGAACUGGAUUUAUGAUGACCUGGUGUUAUUAAUAAGCAAACUUAGGCUAUUUAUGAGUUAUGAGAAAAAUUAUUAUUCUCUUGAGCAGUAAACCAU